GAAGACAUCGUUUCGCGGGAACCAAUCACGAGUGUGAUUCAUUUCACAUCUCUGGGUUUUUGGUGCUGCUUCUGACGUGCGCAACAAUUUUGGGUGGUGGAGGUUCUUGUUUUUAUUAUAAAAUUUACAAAGAGAAUGGCAGCACAGUGGAUACGAAAUGCAGCCCCGAAAAUUGGUUGCGUCCGUUUUUACAGCAGUAAAGUUCACAAAUGCACACUUAUUCCCGGAGAUGGUAUCGGACCCGAAAUUUCAACUGCCGUACAAAAGAUUUUCGAUGCUGCCAAGGUACCGAUAGAGUGGGAAUCUGUUGAUGUAACACCGGUAAAAGGUCCAGAUGGAAAAUUUGGUAUUCCACAAGCUGCCAUUGAUUCAGUUAACAGAAAUAAAAUUGGUUUGAAAGGACCAUUGAUGACACCUAUAGGAAAAGGACAUAGAUCUUUAAAUCUUGCAUUAAGAAAAGAAUUUAAUUUAUAUGCCAAUGUUCGACCAUGUCGUUCCUUGGAAGGGUAUAAGACAUUAUAUGAUAAUGUUGAUGUUGUCACUAUCAGAGAAAAUACAGAAGGAGAAUACUCUGGUAUAGAACAUGAAAUUGUAGAAGGAGUUGUACAAUCAAUUAAAUUGAUUACGGAGGAAGCUUCCAGUCGAGUAGCAGAAUUUGCUUUCCAAUAUGCUCAGGAUAAUAAUAGAAAAAUGGUGACUGCGGUACAUAAAGCAAAUAUAAUGAGAAUGUCAGAUGGUUUGUUCUUAAGGUGUUGUAGAGAAGCUGCACAAAAAUUUCCCUCUAUUAAAUUUGAAGAAAGAUAUUUAGAUACAGUAUGCUUGAACAUGGUUCAAGAUCCUAGUCAAUACGAUGUACUUGUAAUGCCUAACUUAUAUGGUGAUAUUUUGUCUGAUAUGUGUGCUGGACUUGUAGGAGGGCUUGGUCUUACACCAAGUGGAAAUAUUGGUUUAAAUGGUGCAUUGUUUGAAUCUGUGCAUGGGACUGCUCCAGAUAUAGCAGGUCAAGAUAAGGCGAAUCCUACAGCAUUAUUACUCUCUGCUGUAAUGAUGCUUAAAUAUAUGGGGCUAAAUGAACAUGCUAGAAUGAUCGAAGUUUCUGCAUAUGACACUAUUAAAGAAGGCAAACAUUUAACUGGAGAUCUUGGUGGAUCUGCAAAAUGCAGUGAAUACACUAAUGAAAUUUGCAAAAAAGUUUCAGCAUUAGUUAAAUAGAUGAUAUAAAAUUUAUUGGGUAUAAACUGCCAAAUACUCGUAGAAAUAAUACAUGUAACGUAAAACAUUGUUUUCAAAUAUCUCUGUAAUUUGUUUCUUUUUUCGAAAUUUUUUUCAAUGUGCUCCCUCAAAAUGUAUCUGCAAUUUAUUUGAUUGAAUUGCAGAGAUGUUCAAUGUAGGUAAAGGAUAUCUUUUUCAUUUAUAUUUGCACUCAUUUAGAUAAUUUGUUGAGUACUUGAAUUAGUUUAUUGUAAAACUUGAUGUUACUCAACAGCUGUAGAUUUGUUAAUGUGUAAUAGCAUUUAAUACGAUUUUAUUGCAAUGCGACUGAAUACACGUAUAUGUAUGAUUGUCAUACUUGCUUAUUGUAAAAGAAAGAUUCUAAUAGAAUCUGUAAAAAGUAAACAUGUAAAUUAAUUUAGGAAUUCUGUACAAUACCUUAGAAUGAAGUUGUUGAUAAUGUGUGCCUCGAGGAAGAGUUUCAAGAAGUAACAUAUUGCGCAGUAUUACACGUAAAUAAAAUAUUGUGGAUUCUA